UGGGGCUCCUGUGUUAGCGCCCCAGCAAAGGUGGCCCUAACUUCUGAUGCAAGGCUGCUCCUUCCGGGAUGCGGGGCAAUUCCUGGGUCUGGGGGCCUCCGAGGCUCUGCUUGGGGCCAGCGCGCGCCUGCAUCUCCAGUCCGGCUUCUCCGCACCUGUCCGGCUGCCGGGCCGUGGCCUUGCAGCCCGGGUCGUGGGUCAUGGGUAGCUCGAGGACAUGGGGCUGGGCAGGUGCCGAGAGCCUGCGCCUGGCCCCGUCCUGCUGGGCUGAAACCCUAGGCGCCCGCCGGCUCCGGGCGCGCCUACGCCUUCUGCUCCAGAUGCCGUCCUAACCGAGCCGCUCGGCAGUGCAGCCUCAAGUCCGCGGGCGGACCUUCCCGCCCACGGGUCGUGCUGUCACUCACCCUGCAGUCCCCAGCCGGCCAGAGGGCACCCCACACUGGCGUCACCGGGUAAAGGGACCAGAGGCAGCUGAGUGAUCACGACCACGACCGCAGGCUUUUUAGGGGCUUUCAGGGCAACCGCGGGACCUGCCCAGGGAAGUUCCCCUCGCUUCCGAUUCUGCAGCUAUUCGUGAACAGCUACCCGCAGUGUGUGCGGGCGUCGGGAGUCACAGGGCUCGGGUCAGCCCUGGGAAGACUUGGAAGUGGGGUUGUUGGGGGGGGUGCAGGGCGCGCGCGCAGAAACUAACCGAAGACCCAGGGCAGUGUCCGCAACCAGCAAACCCUGGCUGAAUGAAUGAGAAGGUAGGUGGCUGAGGGAGCAGGGCUGGAGGGGGCAGCUCUGCUUCAUGCCACCCCUGUGUCCCCUGGGCUGGAGCAGACAGAAGUAAUUAGGUUGAGCCUUUAAUCACAGCUGGUUUCACCGGCAGGCGGACAAGGAAGAGCGGAGAAAGGCAGAAACUCUAGGGACAAGGUGUGCCGGCUCACGGGCAGUGCCCCCCCAGAUUCUCCGUCAGUAAUCUCUGUUUUCUUGUCUCCGUCAGGACACUGGGUUCCCUCCCGCCACCCCAGGCUUAAUGAUUGUCCAGAAGGUGGCUAUAAAGGGAGCCUGGGAGGCCGGGUGGAGGAGGGAGCAGAAAAAGCCUAACUCAGCAGAUCUGGUCACUGAGAGGCCACAGGCAGGAGCUGUGGUCAGAGGCUCAGCGGCCCGGCCGGUGGGCGCUGCUCCUUUCCACCAUGGCAGCCCAGGGCUAUGGCUGCUACCGUGCCGUGAUCUUCUCAGCCAUGUUUGGAGGCUACAGCCUGUACUACUUCAACCGCAAGACCUUCUCCUUCGUCAUGCCGUCGUUGGUGGAGGAGAUCCCUCUAGACAAGGAUGACUUGGGGCUCAUCACCAGCAGCCAGUCGGCAGCCUAUGCCAUCAGCAAGUUUGUGAGCGGGGUGCUGUCUGACCAGAUGAGUGCCCGCUGGCUCUUCUCGUCUGGGCUACUCCUGGUCGGCCUGGUCAACGUCGUCUUCUCCUGGAGCUCCGCGGUGCCUGUCUUUGCUGCCCUGUGGUUCCUCAAUGGCCUGGCACAGGGGCUGGGCUGGCCUCCGUGUGGGAAGAUCCUGCGGAAGUGGUUUGAGCCAUCUCAGUUUGGCACCUGGUGGGCCAUUCUGUCAACCAGCAUGAACCUGGCCGGAGGGCUGGGCCCCAUCCUGGCAACCGUCCUGGCCCAGAGCUACAGCUGGCGCAGCACGCUGGCGCUGUCGGGGGCGCUCUGCGUGGUGGUCUCCGUCCUCUGUCUCCUGCUCAUCCACAACGAACCUGCUGACGUUGGGCUCCGGAACCUGGACCCCACCCCCGCCAAGGGCAAGAAGGGGUCCCCGAAGGAGGAGAGUACCCUACAGGAGCUGCUGCUGUCCCCCUACCUGUGGGUGCUCUCCACGGGCUACCUUGUGGUAUUUGGAGUCAAGACCUGCUGCACUGAUUGGGGCCAGUUCUUCCUUAUCCAGGAGAAAGGACAGUCCGUCCUCGUGGGUAGCUCCUACAUGAGUGCCCUGGAGGUGGGCGGCCUCGUAGGCAGCAUUGCGGCUGGCUACCUGUCAGACCGGGCCAUGGCAAAGGCAGGGCCCUCCAUCUACGGGAACCCUCGCCACGGCCUGCUGCUCUUCAUGAUGGCUGGCAUGACCGUGUCCAUGUACCUCUUCCGGGUCACUGUGGGCAGUGACUCCCCCAAGCUCUGGAUCCUGCUGUUGGGAGCUGUGUUCGGCUUCUCCUCCUAUGGCCCCAUUGCCUUGUUCGGAGUCAUAGCCAACGAGAGUGCUCCUCCCAACCUGUGCGGCACCUCCCAUGCCAUCGUGGGGCUCAUGGCCAACGUGGGCGGCUUUCUGGCUGGGCUGCCCUUCAGCACCAUUGCCAAGCACUAUAGCUGGAGCACAGCCUUCUGGGUGGCCGAAGUGACCUGUGCCGUCAGCACGGCUGCCUUCUUUCUGCUACGAAACAUCCGCACCAAGAUGGGUCGAGUGCCCAAGAAGGCUGAGUGAAGAGUGUGCAGGCGCCGCCAGCGCAUCCUCCCCCACCCGCGGCCCUUCCCCUGCACAGGGUGGGGGAGGUGCAGGGCAGGGAGGAAGAGAGGAGCUGCUCUGGCUACCACUAAACCCUGGAUUGCCUUUUUUGCUCCUUUUCCCUCACCUGGGUGGCGCUGGAAGUUCCUAGUGGCUCAUGAGGCCCCAGCUCCCCAUCCUAUGGUCUAUUUAAAAGGCAACUCUUGUUCUUGGACUCCAUUAGCUCCUAUUUCCUGCCUUCAAACAGGAAACCCUAUCGUGAGGGAGUCUCCUAUACCCUUCUUCCUAUCCUGGGCCCUGCCCCGCCCCCCCGCCCCCCCCAGAGGUGAAGCUCCUCCCACUCACCCUCCCGAGGCUGCAGGGCACCAAUGGCCCACCAUUUCUGCCCUAAGGCCUCUGAGCACAGGGUGAGUGCUCUUGCCAAUACCUCAGAUUCCAGGCAGCAGGAGGCCAUCACUUUCAGCAAUACCCUGGGAGACAGGGAGCCUGGGAGGGAGGAAGACUUAAUAAAGAGAUGAAAACUAGAUUUGAUACUAAA